AUGGCUCAUCUGGAGGAGAAGCUGGACCGUCCCGAUGGAUCCGCACUUACUUGGAUUCUCGACCAUAUUCUCCGGUAUCCAGGGACCUACGAGAUCCCCCUCCGGACAAUGUAUGCACUGAACUGCAACAAUACGAGACAAUCAGUGCCUGGCACUCAGCUUCCCGAGACGGCGUUUGCACGUCGACCGUCGUCCCCCAAAUCCUCUGCCGCCGAGGACCUUCGUGCACAACUGACUCACCAAAUCUCCCGAUUACCCUCCCAGCCAUGCUCAUUGCCGCCGAGCUUUGUUACAUCCUUUCUGCGCCGCUGCUUCUCCCCACAGCUCGAAGAUGUCGAUUUCCCUCAAGCUCUGACUGGUCUGGACUACCUCAGAGACCUUGAAACUCGACGAAAGAAGGAAGUCGCUGCAGCGUUACAGAGACUGGGCCUCCACCCAGAAAAUUCUCGGCAGGAUCCGGAAUAUCUCAAGAAAUAUCCUUGUGUCGUGACUUGGCUCGAAUCCAUUAAAGCCAAGGGUUCCAAGGUGGAAAAGCUCUACGCGGAGAUUUAUAUUGGCUUGCGCCGAUGGACUCUGCUGAAUGAGAUGCUUAUGGAACCCCUGAACAAGGCGAAUUGCAUGGCUAUGCUCAACACCCUCUUUCCUCCCGUCACCGAAGCUACCGUCACCCCCACUCCAUAUCUUACUCCGCACAUCCUCAAAGCGCAUCGUGACGGCUUCUUCCGGUACAUCUCCCAUAUUGAAACAAACGGCAGACAUAUCCUCGACAAGGUCAUUGCGCAGGGUGCACCAGAGGGCGAGAGCACUGGCUGGCCCCUUGUCAGAAAUGCCCUAGACGAGUACCUUAGGAGGACUAACGAAAUGAUCGAUGAAUGCUCCAUGAUUAAUGGUCCGGCCAGCUUGGAUGAGGGAUUAGGUUCUACGUCGUCGCGAGGACACAAAGGCCGAAAGGCUGAUUCCGGCAUUAGUUUUGCCUCGAUACUGGGGGAAAGUGCCACCCCUUCCAUAUCCAGCAACAUCAGCAAUGAGGAUAUCUAUGAGAAACCGCUGCCACCUUCCCCCCGGGGCCACAAGAUGGGUGGCUCCACGCUUGAGCGGCUGGCCCGCGAGCUUCGAAAACUCAGCGACGGCGGCAAAGCAAAGGGCCUCCGGAAGAUGAAGUCUACAAAUACCCUUAGCCGCACUGAGACAAUGUCGCCCACAAACGAGGAAUCCUUUUUUGAACUCGACGAACAGAAACGACGCCGAUUGGCUUGGGCACACUCGAAGCAUUCAAGCGCAAGCUCAUCACGAUUUGACUAA